CGACCUGACGGAAGCAUCGUUCGCGAUUGUGAUUGGUCAGCAUUCAUGUCCUGAGCUGGAGGGGUCAGUUGUGUUUGGAUUGUCGAGCUGUAACUGUUAUACUACGACACCUGACUGAGGUGCUGAAGGAUGAGUCGUCUUGUGAAUGUGUUGAGGAGUUGGCUGCUCAUGGUGUCUGUGAUCGCGGUUGGAAACACGGUUCAGAGUUUCAGAGAUCACAGCUUCUUAUCUGAGAAACUCUACACAGGAUCACCUGAAUAUGUGAAUGGACUUCAGGCGAGAACCUUUGGGAUAUGGACCCUUCUGUCUUCCAUCAUACGCUGUGCCUGCGCUGUAGACAUUCGAAACCGAACGCUUUAUCAUAUCACCCUGUGGACAUUUGUUCUGGCUCUCGGACACUUUCUGUCAGAGGCUUUCAUUUAUAAAACCGCUCCUUUGACCAUUGGUGUCAUGGCUCCUCUGAUCGUGGCAAGUGUCUCUAUUGUGGCCAUGUUAAUUGGCUUUCACAGCAUCGAUGAUCCGCAGGAAGACGUCAGAACCCGACAGAAGAAGAGGAACUGAAGAACCUUCCGUGUCCUUCCAGUAACAUUCACAUCAUCAUGUUCUGAUGCCUCCAGACGCUGGAACAUGGGAACUUUAAAGGGUUCGAUGGAAAUUUAAAGUCCUGCUUCAGGUGGACAAUUCUUCUGAACGUCUGUUUGUUGCUCAUGUGACCGGUGAAGGCGUUAUCAUUGGUCGACCAAUGUUGUCACAGUAUCCAAACACCUUGGCCUACAACUACCAAAACGCUUUCAAUUUACUGAUAUUUUAAGUAUUUCAGAGAUUGAAAUCACCUUUUUAUAUGAAUUUGUAUAUUUUAAGCUGAGCUCAUUCAUCAGGUGCAUUCAGCUUUUCCAGUCCUGAAGAAGUUCUCAUGAAUACUGGAAACCGUCACUUCUCAUCAACGCUUUGUUUUUAUUAAAACAAUUUAAUUCAUAAUGUCUACAAAUUUAUAUCAAGCGUGUACACAUCUGCUGUAAUGAUUUUAAAUUCAGUGUUUACAUGUAUUAUUUAAAUAAAUGUUAAAUCAUAGUCUAACAUCAAAUGACUUCAGAUUAACUUGAGUUUAAAAAACUAGAUUUUAUUAUUGAUUAUGACAAGUGACACAACACUGUAUUGAUUUUCAUACAAAUACGGUAGUAAACAACAUCAGUGCUUCACAUGUAAAAUAAUAGAUUAUUCUAAAGAUUAUUUGAACAAUUUUAUAGAAACCGAAUGGAAAACUAAGAUCUAAAUUCAGUCUGUCACCUGUACAGACACUGACUGGAAAAAAGAAAGAUUUCACUUCAGACUGAUCUAGUUCGUAUGACACACAACUUGCAGUAUAACCUCAUAAAUAAACCUGAAAUAAAUUAACUUAAGCUAGUAGAUUCAGUUCUAUCUGAAAUACUCAGCGCAGUUUUUAAUGUUAUUUAUUGUUGUUUUAGUCGAACGUCUCGGUGUAAGAUUCUGGUAGGAUGAUGGGCUACGCUGGUGGCGCCAGUUGAAGGGUCAAAACAACCACACUGAUAUGAAGAAUCAGGUCUGGCCAGUCAAUGAAACAGUC